ACUUACGAAUACGACUACUUCCGGUUUAGUGCAAAAUAAACCCGCGAGCAGCGUUAGCAAAGCGGUAGAUCAACGGUAUUGACGCUUUACUUUUGUUGUGAAUGAAGUGAACAAUGGGGGAGACACCAAAUGAGUUCAAGUUGAAAAAUUCGCCAGAAGAUGGAAUUUCUGCAGUCAAGUUCGGCCCCAACACAAAUCAGUUUCUGCUGGUGUCAUCAUGGGACACCAGUGUCAGGCUGUACGACAUUGUCACUGACAAUAUGAGAAUGCAGUAUGGUCACACUGCACCUGUACUGGACUGUUGUUUUCAAGACACCGUUCAUGCAUACAGUGGAGGACUUGACAAUACUCUCAAGAUGUUUGACUUCAACGCCACAACAGAGACCAAUGUCGGGAACCAUGAAGCUCCAAUCCGCUGUGUGGAGUUCUGCAAUGAAGUCAACGUUGUGAUCACUGGCAGCUGGGACUCAACAGUCAAACUAUGGGACCCACGCACACCAUGCUGUGCAGGCUCCUUCUCCCAACCUGACAAGGUGUACACAAUGUCUGUGUGUGGGGAUCGGUUGGUGGUUGGGACAGCAGGAAGGAAGAUCCUUGUGUGGGAUCUGCGGAACAUGGGCUACGUACAGCAGAGACGAGAGUCUAGUCUCAAGUACCAGACUCGUUGUAUCAGGACCUUCCCAAACAAACAGGGCUAUGUCCUCAGUUCAAUUGAAGGUCGCGUAGCUGUGGAAUACCUUGACCCCAGUCCAGAGAUCCAGAAAAAGAAAUAUGCCUUUAAGUGUCACCGUAUCAAGGAAGGUGGGGCUGAGCUCAUCUACCCUGUCAACGCCAUCGCCUUCCACAGUGUCUACAACACCUUUGCCACAGGUGGUUCAGACGGCUAUGUCAACAUCUGGGACGGUUUUAACAAGAAGAGACUGUGUCAGUUCCACAGAUAUCCGACCAGCAUCGCCUCCCUGUCAUUCAGCAGUGAUGGGUCUGUCCUGGCUAUCGCUUCAUCCUACAUGUACGAGCAAGACGAGCCCGACACCAAACAGGAGGAUGACAUCUACAUCCGCAACGUCAGCGACCAGGAGACCAAGCCCAAGUCAUAACACUUAUCUUUUAUCUUGGGCAAGGAGAAAGAGGCUGGGAGGGACAGUGCUGUGUUGGGGCAGUGCUCUGUGAGGGAUGGAGUGGUUAUGAUAAGUUUAUGGAACCACAGUGUCAUAGGGGUGGCUGUAUACAGCAGUGCUGAUUGAGGGAUGGGGCUGUGUGAAGGGACCAUUGUCGGGGGUUGGGGUGCAGUGACUGGAAGGUGUGGCACUGUGUGAGAGAUGGAAGAGAUUACAGUUGGGUUUGAGGGGGGCAGUGUUGUGUGGGUGGUCAGCACUGAGUGGGGGGGGUUGGGAUGGGGUUGGAUGGGUGUGUGACCAUCAAGGGAUAGCUACACAGAACACAUUCAAAAAGGUUUGCAAUAUGCAGUUGAAAAUCAAAUGUGCCUAAGUGACAGACUUCUUGUGCUUAUUUGAGUGGUAUCAACUGAUACAUUGAUCAGCCCUUUCAGACAUCACAUGGAGUGGCAGUUGUUAUCUUUGUUAAUUUUUUCAUGGUACCUAAUAUUUUUACCUGAAUUUGUGUUUUUUCAGAAAACCUCAACUCUGCUCUGUAUAUUGCAGCAAAAAAGAGAAACAACACAAUUAUUACAUCAUAAAUUAAAUUUUUAUCAGUAUGAUGAGUGAACACAUUUUAUCAUGUAUUUCACGGAAUACUUCCUCACCUGUCAUUUUUAUCAAAAUAUAAUCUCAGGUGUUAACAUUUGUAUUAUCAUCUACCUGAGUUUAUAAUUCUUGUGACAUUUAUCAUGGUUCUCAACAGCCUCCAUUCAACUCCAAAUUGAACAGGUUUGGGACGAAGGAUAUUGUACAUUGUAUAUUUCACUAAAAACAUAUGGUUUCAUUACAAUAGACAUGGAGCUAUAGCUAUAUGAAUGCUAUGAAGUAAUACAAUGUUUCAGAAACCUGACAAUACAAAAGUGUGUGUACCUUUUUGCCAAUGUUAAGAUGGCUUGUUACACUAUCAAAUAAAAACAUUUCAUAUUGUAAA